AUGAGCUUUGUGGACCUUCAUCCUCAUUUUGUGUCUGCCCGCGACUACAAUGAUGUGAAGACUGUUGUGGGCUUGCUCAAGGACCCGAUCGACGAUGACGACUUCGAGCGGCCGCAUGACGCGCCUUUUCUCCCACCCACGUACACCACUACAAUUCACGUACAGGAUAGCUUAAGCGGGGUGGUGUCGACACGCAACAGUGUCUCGAUGGAGGCGCCGCUGGGGCAAAAAGAAAAUCCCGGCAAGUCUGCCGCAACCGGCGCCGAUGCCGCCCACGCACCGUUCGGGGUUGACGGAACGGCCGGCGAGCGUUCACCAUUCGCGCCCGAUCUGGUCAACGAACCGCGGUCUUUCCAAACGAACGCGCCAAAAACACAUGCGCCACCUGCCAGCACCAUCGAGUUCGAGAUGCGCCGCCGUGCCUCGUCGUACCGCAAAAGCACGCAUCAGCCGAAGAUUUUGUGUGUUUGGGAUGUCGAUGACACGCUGGUGGCGACCGGUGUGAGUGGGGUGCGGCAGAAUUUGGUUUUCCGUGAAGCGGAGCUGGUGUCACUGUUUCGCAGCGCCGGUCCCCGGACGCGGCACCUCCUCUUGUCCCAAGGCAGCAUCGACGACGUUUUCGAAACAUCGGGCGGCCGGCUGCGCUGCAUUCAAAAGUUCGUUCAGCGUCUCCCGCAGGGCGCCGGGCGGCCUGGCUCGCCAUCCUUCAAUCCCUCUGCUGACGGUUCCUCCGCUCCUCUGCACAGGAAAAAGAAGGAGAAGAUGUCGUUUGCUGACAUGCUGCGGUGCGGCGGCGGUAAACAAACAAAAGAGCCGCCAUCGUCUUCGUCUUCUUGUUCUUCUGUGAAUCAACGCAGCACUCGAGGCUACAAUGUGCGGCAUGCUGAAGAGGGCGUGGGCGGCACAAAUGAGAAGGACAUGCGUCAGUUCGCACCGGGCACGGUGGUGGUGCGUCUGUCUUCUGUGCUCGACCGCGCGGAGGAGCCGGCCGAUUCCGCCUUCUUAAGCGACUCCACCAAACAACCCACCUGCAGACGGUCGCCGACGGCCGCCCCGCUCGAUGAGAAGGCAGAACGGAUGGGCCGCUGGCUGAUUCUCCGGCCUGAGGUGUGGGGCAUCACGCUCGCCUCCAUGAACACCAUUUUCCCGCCCUCUCGCCAUACGGCCUUCGUGAACGGCAAGGUGUACCGCAAAAUGGACGUGGUGUGGUCACUUGCCAUGACGGGGGAAUGGGACUCCGUCUUUUUCAUCGACAACAACCUCUCCGAGGUGGGCGUGGUGCGGUACGGGAUGCAAAUGUCCGACGUGCUAAACCUGCGCAGCGGCCGACAGGUUUGGCGCUUCUUUCAGUCGGAGUUUUUGCUGCUGGCCGCCUCGGCGAAGCUGCGGGAGAUGGAGCUGCGCUACGGCCGCGAUGUCACGAAGCCGCCCCCACAGCCGACGGAUGAAAACACCGUCAACACCGUCAACACGGCCGCGCCGCUGAAGGAGGCCGCGAAGUCGGCGGGAUCGAGUGGGGAGCUCCGCGCCAAAUCAACCGCCACCGCCAGCAGGGAUGGCGCGGGGGAAGGCGGGGAGUUGACGCCGUCAAAGUCGACGGCGACGUCCAGCACCGAUAGCGCCCCCCACGACGGUGUGUGCCAGGCUGGGAAGCAUUCUCGCAGCUGCGACCGCUGCAGAGUGAAAGGUUCAGGAGAAGUGCACGUGGACGUGGCGGAGGAUGUCCAUAUCAUUGAUCGACCGACGAGUGCACUGCCGCACGUGAAACAAGAGGCGAUAAUGGGCAGCAGCAGCUGCUCCGAGUCUCUCUCUCUCACUUCGGCGACCCCGCAGCACCCCAAUGGCACGUCGCCGCGCUUCCCGACGUCGCCGCCGCGCUUACUGCCCACACCGCUGCGGCCCAGCAGCAAGGACGUGGACUUUGUCGUCGUGAACCUUCACAUGCCGUGCGAGAUGUACCACCGUGUGUUGACUACUGCACGCACCAAUAGCGACGGGCAGUGCUCACGGCGGCGAGAGGGCAGUGUGCCGCCGCAGUAUGUUGGACAACCCGUGUUCAUCGGCGACCGCAGCUGCACGGACGAGCAGUACGAUGCUGUUCUGAAGUACUUCCAAGAGACGGAAAGCGGACUCUUUCAGCUGCUCGAGGAGGAGAUGCGCAUGAACGGCUUCGUGGAUGUGAAGAUGAGCAGUAAGUGGAUUCCCCGCCUCUACACUGUGUACGCGCCGAUCCGCAAGCGGCCCACCUUUAUUCCCCACAUGCCGCAGUUCUACGUCUCAUUUUUCGAUGCAGUGGAGGAGCAGGUGGUGAAGGCGUUGCAGAAGCACGGCGGCAGCGGCGCGUCCUGCGUCUUACACUCGGAGGCGCAGCGGCAGUACUUUGUGCUGCAGCGCGUACUACCUUUUAUUGACCCUUACCUGACCGGUGAUCUGGGCCGCAUUUUGUUUGAUAUUUACAUCGUAGACGGCAACAUCCCGCGCUCCUUGGCGGAUCAUCUCAAGAAGGCACUGAACAAGGUACGGGAGCGCAUCCUACCAAAGGCGGAUCACAAGUAA